AGAGGAACUUAAUGAAUGGAGUGGCUUUUAGGAUAAAUAUUACAGAGGUAACAUUCGUACCCCAAGAUGCAAGUCAGUGCAGACAGAAAUGCACCGAAUUGUACAAUUGCCAGUACUUCACCUUUGUUGGAAAAGAAGCAAAGAUUGACAACACUAACAGAGACAUGUGUUUUCUGAAGGCCUCAACUGGUGAUAGGCCUGUCACAAUACAGUACCUCCAACAUGCAACCUCAGGCUACGCUCUGAGAAACUGCAGUGGUAAAGUCACCUACUCAGCCAAAAAGUACACCCUUGUCCAAGAGAACGAAAACUGGAACGAUGCAAAAGAGUACUGCAGACAGCACUACACAAACCUGUCCAUCGUACACACAGAAGAGGAUUGGAAGGCAAUUCAAUCCUCUUUGGGUAAGCCUGAUCCAAAUGAAAAGUGGAAGUGGUCUGAUGGAGAGGACUUCAUGUUCUUGAACUGGGCAACAGAAUUUAACAAGAACAUGGGUCAUGACUGUGUCAUCUCCACUUCAUCUCACUGGCAAGCAGAGGAUUGUCACAAUCAAAAGCAGUAUGUGUGUCAGCAACUAGUUCAUCAUGAGAAUGGAAUAACAGAGAAGGAGUAUGAGUUGAUGAAUGGAAGUAUGCAGUGGAUGUCAGCUCUGGAAAACUGCAAAUCAACAGGUAGAGUUCUGGCAAGUAUCUGUAACCAGAAAGAGCAGGUUGCCUUUGAUGAGGUGGCUAAGGACCACACCUGGAUUGGAUUAAAGUACAACAACAACACAUGGAAUUGGUCCAGUGGGGAACCAUUUCAGAAAUGGGACCAUAAAAUGCAUGUGACAGGUGCAAACUGUGCUAUGCUGAACUCAAAAAAUGACAGACAAUGGACACCAGAAAAUUGUUCUACUCAAAAAGCUUUCCUGUGCUAUGGGGAUGAACGUCCAAGUAAUACCACUGGGGAUUUGACCACUCCUGUUACCCCUGAAACCACCAGCCCUACUUCAACUGGACCUCCCUCUAUCAAGACGUCCACCACAACAUCUGCCACUUUACUACCUCCUACUAAUAGUGGACAGUCCACCACCUCACCAACUACCACCACUAAUGGACAGUCCACCACCUCACGACCUACCAAUACUAAUGGAAAGUCUACCAUCUCACCACCUACCACUACUAACGGACAGCCCACCACCUCACCAACUACCACCACUAAUGGACAGUCCACCACCUCACGACCUACCACUACUAAUGGAAAGUCUACCAUCUCACCACCUACCACUACUAACGGACAGCCCACCACCUCACCAACUACCACCACUAAUGGACAGUCCACCACCUCACGACCUACCACUACUAAUGGACAGUUCACCACCUCACCACCUACCACUAAUAAUGGAAAGUCUACCACCUCACCAACUACAACUACUAACGGACAGUCCACCACCUCACCACCUACCACUACUAAUGGACAGUCCACCACCUCACAAACUACCACUACUAACAAACAGUCCACCACCUCACCACCUACCACUACUAUUGGACAGUCCACCACUCCAUCAACCUCAACUUCCAGUGGACAACUGACCUCAUUAGGUCCCACCUCCCCAGACAGGAAGCCCACAUCCUCCCCCAGUAGUGCAAUUUCUCCACUCCAUCCUGAUUACCUGCACUACUUCAACGAGUCCAAGAGUUGGAUCAAUGCCCUGAAGUUCUGUAAAAGUCGUCACUCCAACCUGGUACACAUCACCAACCAGACCGUGCAGACUGACUUGACCCAGCUCCUGGCCAAUGUGGAGCUGCCAUGUGGGGGGGUGUGGAUUGGUCUGGAGCGGUCCAUCUUUGAGUGGAGCGCCCCCUGGCUGUGGACCAGUGGGGAUGUUGAUAAGGUGGUGAAGUACAGCGAGUGGCACAGCUGCUUCCCCCUCAACCCCAUGAAUUACCACUGUGGUAAGAUGGUCUGGGUUGACAACGGAGAACUGAAGUGGCUGGAUGCUUCCUGUCAUCAGGAAUUAACCUUCAUCUGUCAAGAUCUCCACUAGAGGGCUCUCCCAUGACAGUCUAGACAGUCUGCAGACAGAAACCACACUGAUCUGCCAGAGAGACUACCACAAUCAUGGUCUGGAAGGAACCUGCAUUUCAAUUAAUUGUAUUAUCACACCACUAUAACUAUUAUUAAUAUUAUUAAUAUUACUACUACUUUUACUUAUUAUCAUCUCUAUUACAUGAUAUUAUUGAAUGAUAUUCUACUUACAUAUACGGACUCAUAAGCAUUGUUAUUUGAUUACUACUACUAUUAUCAUCUCUAUUACAUGAUAUUAUUUAAUGAUAUUCUACUUACAUAUACGGACUCAUAAGCAUUGUUAUUUCGCCUUGUUAUUUACUGUAAUACUUGGAUUGUUUAAUAAUAGAGUAAAGAAAGGUAAAUAAAAUAUUAUUACAAUUAAAAUGUAGUGUUGAACUCUUGU